UCGAUGCAGCAACUGUCUAUCUUAGAAAAGCAAAUCCAAAAGCUGGAAGCAAAUUCAGAUUGCAUUUUAUAAAUAUGUACGUGGAGAGUUAAGAUCUCUUGGGCACCCAGGACAAUAUUGCUGUCGGGAGACGCACCCUGCGAACUUUUCGCCAUGCAGGAAUGGAAACUUCAAUUGAAUUCGAAUAUUGAACUGCAUCAGCAUUGCUGAAUCCGAGGCGUUUCUGCUUGCUGCUGGAUUUAUCAAUCAAGAAUUGGAGAACAGAAAACAAACGAACGAUCGUGCUGUCAUUGGCUUGAUUGCAGAUAGUUCCAUAGUAACUUUCGAGAAGCUGAAUCAGUGUUCUUUUUAAAAUAUCCCGCCUGUAAUCGUGAGGGAGAAACGGGAGAGAGAGCGGGCACAGGCAUCACUGAGCCGUCUGUGAAAUUCUGUCAGGAGCCUGGCCAGAAUGUAUGCUGUUUACAUUACUCUGGAGGUGCUGAUCGCGGUAAUCUCUGUCCUGGGCAAUGUACUUGUCUGCUGGGCAGUCAGGAUCAACAGGGCACUCAUGGGAACCACCUUUUUCUUCAUCGUGUCAUUGGCCGUGGCCGACAUCGCCGUGGGUAUAUUGGGCAUCCCCUUGGCCAUUGUCAUCAGCUCUGGGCUCCACAUGCACUUCUACAGCUGCCUUCUAACGUCCUGCAUCCUGCUAGUACUGACUCUAAGCUCAAUCUUCUCACUUCUGGCUAUUGCCGUGGACCGUUAUCUGCGCGUCAAGAUCCCCACCAGAUAUCGGAUCAUUGUCACACAGAAGAGAGCAUGGAUUGCUGUUGGCAUUUGUUGGCUCGGAUCUUUUCUGAUGGGGCUGACUCCUGUAAUUGGGUGGAACAACAGAAACAGUGAGGAGUGGAGGAAUUCUACCCACAGGAAAUGCCACUUUCUGGAGGUGAUCAGAAUGGACUAUCUGGUGUAUUUUUAUUUUUUCUUUGGGUUACUCAUACCUCUUGUGAUCACAUUUGGCCUGUAUGCUGAAGUAUUUUGGAUUAUUAGGAAGCAACAAAGUAAAAUAGUUACCAAUGCCACAGACUCAACAAAGUAUUAUAGGAAGGAGCUUAAACUCGCAAUAUCAUUGAUUGUAGUUUUAAGCCUAUUUGCUAUCUGCUGGCUCCCUAUACAAAUUGUAAACUGCAUUUCGUACUUUAGCUCUAAAUAUAUUGAUUUAGAAAUACCCACCUCUAUUGGGAUAUUGCUGUCGCAUGCAAAUUCAGCUGUGAAUCCACUGAUAUAUGCUUACAGGAUAAAAAAAUUCAGGGUAUCAUUUCGUCAUAUUUGGAAUCGCUAUUUCAGAUUCAAGAAUGACAUCUUUGACAUAGAUAAUUCUGACAGUCAGUUUAAAAAAGAAUGCAAUAUGAGCAGCAGUGUUUGAUUGUAUCUCAGAGCACAGAUUUGCAGAUUUUAGUAAUAGGUUUAUCAUGUACACAAUAUGUAAUUUUCUGUAUCUUCCUCCACUUUGUUUUCUCACACUCAUCACUGGAUUUCUUGUUGUAGUUAUUACUAUCAUGUAUAGUCUUUACCCUGUGAGCUUCAUGCAUGGAAUUUAAUUGUACCCUUGUGUACAUGACAAU